AUGGAGUACUGGGACCUAGGGCGUUGCCGGGCAACAGAGGGGACGUUGCCGGGCGACCAGGAGGCGUUGCCAGGCGACUGGGAGGGGGUGGGGGAGUGCGUGGAUCUGCAGCCCGGCCUGGCUGCCCGGCCGCUGCCCGGCCUCAGGGACUCAGAGGAGCAGCUGCGGCAGGAUGGGGAGGAGAGCCCGCGCGUCUCAGGAGGACGGCAACGGAAUUUAUCUCACUGGAAUUUGGAUUCAGAAGUACCUGCUCCUGAGAGUAAAAACCUCCCUCCCGGAAGGAAUAGCACUGCAGGCAAAAUUGAAAAGAACCGUUUGGAGAUCCCGGUGGUGCAGCUAGGACUGAGUGUGUCAGCGCGUGCUCCCAGGGCAGCACAGAAUAGUAAACAAGGGAUAUUUCAGUUAUGGAGUGACCCUUUUAAUGAAAGUGGCAUGGAGACCAGGGCAUUCAAAAAAUCUUCAGUGGAAACUGGCUUUAAUGUAACCAGUAAUUCCACACAGCUCUGCACUCUGAAACACUCUUUAGCCAGCACCCUAGUUGAUGCGCAAGGUGGUUCUCAGGCUGGACCGCCGGUGCCAGGUUUCUGCUGGCCCUAUGCUGACAGGGACUUUCUUAAGGGCAGAAACGAGCUUCAGACUAAUUCAUGUUCCACCACAGAAAACAACAAUGAAGAAACUUUACCUGCUCCAGUUUGUAAUCUGAGAUAUGGAAACAGCAGUGUGGAAGAAAAUUUAACAGAUGGAAGUAAUUUAUCAGAGAAUGAGAAGGCAAAUGACACCUUACUCAGCUAUUUUAAGAAGAUGGACAUGAAUUUAAAGCCAGAAACAAUAGACAACGUUGAGGAAUCUUUCACUGAGGAACCCACCGAAGCAUUUCUAUAUCCUGAUUUUCUUCCCUCUCCCUUUGAUACUCUGGACUUGCACAAAUUGGCCCUCUCAAAAUGUGAAAAUUGGAAAGCAACAGUGGAACCUCUAGACAGCUCCACAGAGCACUUGAUCACUUGUCUACUGGAACUGGAAAGAUCACAACACACGACUAUACAGAAAGAGAGGCAGAGGCUACAGAUGCUGCCCUGUGCUUCAGCUGUUUCCGAAGCACUCUCCUCCUCCAAAGCUGUGUUGAGGGUGAGACAGCCAACACGUGCUGACUCUUUGAGUCUUCAGACAUCAAGUGUAGAUAAAAGUCGAGAAAAGGCAAAAGCCAAUUCUGGUUCUGGUAAGCUUGAAAUAAAUGCUUCAAGAUGGAAUUGGAGCAAUGCCAGCAAAUAUAAAUGGAACCCUAGAACACCAUCUCGAAAAAGUCCAUCCACCGCAAAACAACUGACUGCAAAUUAGGAUACUAAGAACCCCAGAAGUCCCAUCUUAAACCCAUGUCAAGAGCUCUCACCCAAGCCUAGCACCUCCCAAACAUGUCAGUCACUGGUUAAAAUGGUCUCGAGACAAUGCCUGCCACCGAGGUCUCUAAUACCAGUUUCAUCUAUAGCCUUGUCUUCUGAAAAUCUCAAGGAAAAAACUAAGACUCCAAGGACCAGAAAGAAAUUCCACCAAAGAAUGGUACUACUGAAGAGACCGUUCUAUAUUCAGAAGCUAAACUAUUUGUCACCUUCCUUUAUAGGUAUGGGUAAGUGCUCAUUCAUUGACCAAAAAUAACCUUCAUACAUUGGAUGUGAGCAGAUCCAUUCUAAGAAGCCUAGCUAAAAUGUGGUGCAUUCUGAGAUACAGGCAUUAAAGACAAAAACCGCACACACAAUUGCUUGGCCUGAGUUCAUUCACUGCUGCAACGUCUCUACAGGGGCUUCUACACUGACAUUCAGACAACCCUUUGGACCUAUGUUUUGCAGAGAUGUUUUACUUAGUAAACCAAACUAUUCAGAUGAUUUUCGGUAUAAUUCCAUUGUCAAUAAAUGGUGUAACUGAUUUA